UCUAGAAUGACAUGAACCUCAAUGAGGAAAAGCAACAGCCUUUACGAGCAAAGGAUAUCAUGAUAAAAAGAGAGAUGGUCUCCCAGUAUCUACAUACAUCCAAAGCUGGAAUGAAUAAGAAGGAAAGUACCAGGUCAGCACAAAUGUAUAUCCAGGAUUUGAAAUCUGGACUUAAUGAUGCAAAUCUUCUGGCCUGUUUAGAAUCUUUGAGAGUGUCCCUCAAUAACAAUCCAGUCAGCUGGGUACAGAAUUUUGGUGCAGAAGGUCUUUCCUGUCUAUUGGAAAUCCUCAGGAGGCUACAAGAAGAUCAUUCAAUGUCUCGUGACUCUAAAAGUGAGCAUGAAAUCAUCAGAUGUUUAAAGGCUUUCAUGAACAAUAAUUUUGGAAUAAAAACAGUACUGGAGACAGAAGAUGGGAUCCGGCUUCUGGCAAGAGCCGUGGACCCCACAGUCCCUGCCAUGAUGGUUGAUGCUUUGAAACUGCUGUCUGCUCUGUGCAUUCUUCCCCAGCCUGAGGACAUGCAUGAACGUGUCCUUGAAGCACUCACAGAAAGAGCAGAGAUGGAUGAGAUGGAACGAUUUAAACCUCUUCUGGAUGGGCUAAAAAGCGGAACACCUGUAACACUCAAGGUGAGCUGUAUGCUGCUAAUCAACGCCAUGAUCAGCCAAGGUGAUGAGCUGGAUUUUCGUGUUCACAUACGCAGUGAAUUGAUGCGUUCAGGACUCAAUAAUUUGUUAAAGGAUCUGCAAAUUAUAGAGAAUGAUGAACUGAAGGUACAGCUUACUGUAUUCAUGGAGCACGCUGAGUAUGAUGCCGAUGACCUGCGUGGGCGUUUAGAUGACAUUAAAUUGGAG